AUGGCUGCAAUGGCAAUGGACGGCCUCUUCCGAUCUGCUCGUCUGAUCUACCGAACUGUCGAAGAUACUCCCGAAGAUGAAGCCUUCAUGCACACCAUCCAAUCCGACGUCGACGCCAUGGCAAACUCGGACUCUGGUCUCCUGAAGCCUAUGACCCUGCAAGACAGCCGGAAACACAAAGACUACGUUGCAAAUAAAACGCUUCUGGGAGUCAUUAUCUGCCUUGCGCCGCCAGCGGCGCGCGCUGGAACCCCAAGUCUUGCGGCUCCGAUAGCACCGGUUCCGAUUGGCAGCAUCUACCUCACGGCCCCGAAGCCUGGUGAGGCACAUCACCGCCAUAGCUAUAUUAGCAUUGAUAUCAUUGCGGCGUAUCAGCGCAAGGGCUAUGGAAGUGAGGCCAUAGAUUGGGUUAUGGAUUGGGGCUUUAGGAUCGCAGGACUACACCGGAUUGGAAUUGAGGCAUUUUCGUAUAACCAAGGCGCAAGAGAGCUCUAUGAGCGCUUGGGGUUCGUGUAUGAGGGCUGCAAGAGGGAGCUUCUGUGGUUCAAUGGAGGAUGGCACGACUUUCUUUCUUUCUCGAUUCUGGAUCAUGAGUGGAAAGCGAGGCAGGAGAGAAAGCUGGCGACUGUUUCUAAGGAUACCAAGAAGGAAUGA